CAUAAUAUUGUUAUGAGAGUGAGGGUGAUGACGGGUUUUCGUCGGCGUGUUGCACCAACGUGACAGUAUUGAAAUGAACACAUUCAUUACACAAAUUUUUAUUGAAAUUAAUUGUUAUAUCAAAUAGCUUCAUUGCAAGCUAUGUAAUGGCUUAAAUAGACUUAAAACUGAAAUGUAAUUUUAGUAAACUAUUCAGAAAAAAUAUAUAUAAACAUAUCGGUUUUAAUAUAGAUUGCUUUCCUUCUAUUUAAAAAAUGUGGUUUCUUUAUCUCCUUAGUUGGAUAGGAGUAGUUAUCCAAAUAAGUUUUGUUAUUUUAUCAGUUGCUGCUGGUCUCUAUUAUAUUGCUGAGUUAAUAGAAGAAUACACAGUCUUCACCUGUCGGGUUAUUAGGAUUUUAAUUCUGGUUACAGUGGCAAUAUAUGGUGGACUAUUCUUAUUUGAAGACCUUCCAGCCUCAAUGAUAAUUUGUGGCAUUAUUAGUCAAGUUACACAUUUGCUAGUAUUGAGGACUUUUCCCUUCUUUGAUUUAACUUCUUUGCCUUUCAUUGGUGCUGUUGCUUUUGUUGUCAUCAAUCACUACUUGGCAUUUCAGUACUUUUCAUUGUUUUACUACCCAUUUUCACAAGUACUGGCUUACUUCACUCUGUGUUUAUGGUUAGUGCCAUUUUGUUUCUUUGUAUCACUGUCUGCAAAUGAAAAUGUUCUUCCAACUUUAGCGGAAACUAGACCCUUGAAUGCAGAUGAAAGUGAUGUUGUAACAAACUACUUCUCACGUCGCAGUAAGCGCUAUGGUCUGUUAUCAUUUUUCAACUAUGCAAAAGAAAGCAUUUUGCCACAAAGAGUGAAAAAGGCCUUCUAGUCCAUUUGUCUCUCUAUUCAUCAAACCAGAAGGAAGGGCUUAUAAGUCCUGAGGAAAAAGAUGUGUAUUUGUGAUGGCAUCUGCAUUCUUACAAUUAUUUCAAAGACUUUUGAGCAAAUUCUUCAGUUUCUGAAUGUGUAUAAAUGAUCACGUGAAAUAUCAUACAAUUGCAAAAUUUCAUGUAAGACGUUUAUGUGUUGUGAUUAAUUUUAUGUGAAUUCAAAUUUUUUUGAAUAAAUUUAUUUAUUUGCUCAA